AUGUGGUUUUGGAACGAGGAAGUUCAGGCGGCAAUUUGUGAGAAGAAGUCCAGGUAUAAGCUCUGGUGGAGGACGCGUCAGCCUGAAGAUUGGGGUGCUUACCUAGCGGCGAAGAGGGAGGCUAAGAAGGCAGUUUCCAAGGCGAAGUCGAACCGCUACAAGGCUGUGUACGACAUGCUUGAUACAAAAGAGGGGGAGCGGACAGUGUAUCGUUUAGUCAGAGCGCGACAUCGCCCAACGUUGGAUAUGGAACACAACAAGAUCGUUAAGGGAGCUGAUGGAGCCGUUCUGCGCCGCCCUGGUCAGAUCCUGGAGAGGUGGCGAGAGUACUACAACCACUUGUGUAACGAAGAGUUCUGUCAUUCUCCGAUCCCAACAGUUCCCAGCGUCGAGGGUCCUGUUCUACCAAUUACUGCCGUCGAAGUCAGGGCUGCCCUCGCAAAAAUGAAGUCGAACAAGGCAACUGGUCCUGAUGACAAACCUGCUGAUGUCUGGAAGCUGCUAGGAGAUCGAGGGUUCGUGUGGCUCGCAACUCCAUUUAACAAGAUCGUUGCAGAAGGACGGACUCCAGACGUUGGGCAAACUUCCGUGACCGUGCCUGUCUGGAAAGGGAAAGGAGACAUUGCUGAGUGCACUUCGUACAGGCCUAUACGGCUGCUGUGCCAUACGAUGAAGGUUUUUGAGCGUGUCCUGGAGGCUCGUCUGAGGAAAAUUGUUAGCGUUUCACUCAACCAGUGCUGCUUUGUGAAGGACUGCAGCACAAUAGAUGCUAUCCAUGCUGUCCGAAUCCUCCUGGAGAAACAUCGAGAGAAGAACCGCAGUCUGCAUCUUGCUUUUCUCGAUCUCGAGAAAGCUUUCGACCGUGUCCCACAUGAGUACAGUCUUGGAAGGAUCAGCUGCAGAAAUAUGGAUUGCGCCUCAACACAUCAAAAACUGAGUACAUGGAGUGCGGACCAAGGAUAG